GGGAAAAACCUAAAAAUGAUUAACAGAUGGUCUUACUUCAAUGAUUCAGAGUCGUGAAUCACGACUCAACAGUCAAGGACUCAAGGGCCUCUCUCUUUCUCUCUCUAUCUCAAACGGCUGAUGAGAAGCCCCAAACAAUGGAUCCGGCUGCAAAUCUGGAGCAAAAGGGAAGUCGACCCCUCGGCGGCACAGAACACAGCUGGUGCCGAGCUGUACCAGGAGGCACUGGCAUAACCGUCCUGGCCAUGCUCUUCACGAAAGAUCCUGGAGCCGCACGUCUCCAGAACGCCCUCCAUGAACUCCAAAAAUCCCAUCCCAUCCUCCGUUCUAGAAUUACUCGAGACAACACCAACACCUUCUUCUUUGCCGUAUCUCCAAUCCCUCUCCUUCAAAUUCAAUCCUACGACAUCUCCACAACUUCCCAACUCCUUCAAAGCCUCGCCGAAGGCGGCGACCCAAACAUUGGCCGAAUCUCACCGUUCCAUCGUAUAAUCGAACACGAAUUGAAUCAAAAUCCUUGGUCUGAUCAGUCCGAAACGGACGUCCUCUUUGCCUGCGUUUACACUUUGACCGAUUCGAAGUGGGUUGUUGCAUUGCGCCUCCACACAGCCGUCUGCGACCGUACAUCGGCGGUGUAUAUGCUGAAGGAGUUGCUGGGGUUGGUCCGACGCCGCGGCGGCGGAGGGGGAGGCGGAGGCGGCGGCGGGGUUGGGGAGGAGCAAGAGAAGGAAACAGAGGAGUUCAGUUUAGGUAUAGAGCAGCUUAUCCCCAGCGGAAAAGCAAAUAAGCCUUUCUGGGCUAGAGGGGUGGAUUUGCUCGGUUACACAUUGAACGCGCUGAGAUUCGCCAAUCUAGAAUUCAAGGAUGUGACAUCGCCACGAUCCUCCCAGGUCAUCAGAUUGCAGAUGAACCAGGAUGAAACUGAUCGAAUUCUUAUGGAGUGCAAGGUUAGGGGUAUCAAAUUGUGUGGGGCCAUAGCAGCUGCUGGAUUAAUUGCUGCAAAUUGCAUGAAACACCUCCCUGAUCACCAGUGGGAGAAGUAUGCAAUCAUUACUCUAAUCGACUGCCGCAAGUUGUUGGAUCCACCUCUCCAAUCCCACAAUAUUGGAUUUUACCAUUCUGCCAUCGUGAACACACAUGAUAUAAAGGAAGGACAAGAACUAUGGGAAUUAGCAAGCAGAUGCUAUGCGAGCUUCAGAGAUUCAAUCAACGCCAACAAGCAUUUCACGGACAUGGCUGAUCUCCACCUCCUCAUGAAUAAGGCCAUAGACAACCCUGGUUUGACGCCUCACUCGUCUUUGAGGACAUCCUUCAUUUCCGUCUUUGAGGACCCCGUGAUCGAUGAUCAACACACACAGCUACAUCAAUGGAUGGGAUUGGAAGACUACAUGGGAUGUUCUUCCGUGCAUGGAGUGGGUCCCUCAAUUGCAAUAUUUGACACCAUCCAUAAUGGACGGUUGGAUUUUACCUGUGUUUAUCCGUCUCCCUUGCAUUCCAGGGAACAGAUGCAAGAGCUGAUUGACACCAUGAAAAGGAUUCUGGUGGGCAACGGUGGGGAUUGAAAGGAGAGCCAAUGGUGGGACCUCUCUGUGAUUUUUUUUUUGUUUCUGAUGCAUAGAUAUUUCACCCCACCCCCCCUCUCAAUUAAACCCCCAACUAUGAGGGCGGGAUUUGAACCCAGGUCUCACUCUGACCUCUCCCUCAAGUUGUAUUCAUGAUUUUUCGUAUAAACGAGUGUGGACAAGCCAUUGCUGGCCCAA